CGGGUUAUGUCAGUGCUAGACGAAGCAAUGACAUUGUACCAAACACUAAAGAAAUCAGUCUGGCGAGUGGCUCACACGUUCUUAAUUUACAUGCCUUGAAGACUCCGUAAGUUUGGGCAUUUCAGUGAAUAUGUCGUCCACCACUACAGGUUUCACGGACGAACAGCAGCGAAGAGGAGCGCAGUCACCUCUGAGCCUGGACUACAUCCCCACAGAUGAGGAGAGGAAAGUGAUGAGAGAGUGCAACCAGGAUAGCCUUGUUUACAGGUCUAUGCCCUUCGCUUUGGUCAGCAUGGCUGUCACUCAAGCCCUAGUUGUCAGAGGGGUCCUGUCUGCAUCUCCAAGGUUUGGAUCUCUACCCAAAGUGGCCUUCGCUGGCUUCUGUGGCUACUUGGCAGGCAAAGUGUCGUACAUGAAGACAUGCCAGGAGAAGUUCAUGAAACUGGACAACUCCCCUCUAGGAGAGAUCCUCAGACAGAGGACAGUAGUACCUCCACAAUAUUCCACAGGUGCUCAGUCUGAGCUGAGUGACCCAGACACCCCGUCAUUUGAGACCAUGUUUCAGCCUGCAGAAGCCCCGAGCAACACGUCCACCCAAAGCAGAGAUUAUGGAUAUGGCUACAAUCCAGAGCCACCUGCACAAAUGGGCAGAGCAGAUGACUUCAGUGCUCCAGCCCAGUCAUAUGUGGAUGAGGAGGAGCCCAGGAAGAAAGGUAUCCUCUAUGAGGACCUGAGGCUCAAAAACAGAGAGAACUAUGAGGUCAUGCUCACUCAGAAGGCUGACACACCGCUCAAACCGCAGCCUGAAAGGGAGCAAGAGAGACCAAAGAAAAUGGUAAAGAAGAACAUCUACGGAGAUGCUUGGGAAGAAUGAGUCCUCAUUUGAACUGAUGAUGUAAUUUGUACUGUGGCAUCACAGAUACGGCAGGAAACAGGCAUCCAGUGACCACUUUCUCAGAAGCUGUUUGAGAUUUUGAUCAGUAUAUCUUUGCAAGUGUCAGUAAAACCAAAUUGCUUGAUGAGUAACGUCUCUGUGCUUUGACAUUGACUUUAUCCUCACUAGCACAAAAUGAAAGUUACAAAAAACAUUUAAGCUAGAUUUUACUUCUGUUAAGUGCUCAACAUGCGUGCAUUUGAGUUUGCUGACCUGCAAGGCUGUAUUCAAAAUGUACGUCAACUGUCUUUUGUGUGCUACAAUAUUACCAUGAUGUAAAUGCAACUAAAUGACAGUAUUCACUGUCUUGAUGACAGCUGAGGUUGGCUUAGUUGUGGAAAAGAAACACAUUUUGCCAGUCUGAAAUAAAAGUUUGCUUUAAAGGUA